UGUUUAUAAGUCCAGCUGGCUCACAGUGAUCAGCUCAAGUCUUCAUCAGCAGCAUUGUCAGGUUGAUACGCGCGAGUCAACAUGAGUCCCAAACGAGUCGUGUUCAAGAAAACAUCUCGCGACAAGUCUGUGAGCAUCUACAUGUCCAACAGAGACUUUGUGGAUCACUGUGAUCAUGUGGAUCCAGUCGACGGCGUGAUCGUCAUCGAUCCUUCUCAGCUGAGAGGGAAAAAAGUCUACGUGAUGAUGUCGUGCACCUUUCGCUACGGCCGCCAGGACGUGGACGUGAUGGGCGUGGCUUUCAGGCGCGACCUGUUCUUGGCCACCCGGCAGGUGUACCCCGAGUUGCAGGACAAGGACCAGCUGACUCACACCAGAGUUCAGGAGAAGCUGCUCAGGAAACUUGGUGACAACGCCUUCCCCUUCUUCUUGGAGUUUCCUGACAACCUGCCAAACUCUGUCAGUCUGCAGCCAGGACCUUCAGACGUGGGAAAGAAAUGUUCGGUGGAGUUCGAGGUGAAAGCGUUCUGUGCGGAGAAGCGGGAUGAGAACGUCAACAAAGAGAGUUCAGUUUGUCUCACCAUCCGCAAGAUCCAGUACAGUCCGCCAGACAGUCAGGUGGCACCCGUCGCCGAGACCACCUUCGACUUCCUGAUGUCUGAGAAACCUCUUCAAGUCAAACUGAGUCUGCCCAAAGAGACAUUCUACCACGGUGAGCCAGUCCACGCCGACGUGAAGAUCACCAACUCCUCAAACCGACGCAUGAAAGACAUCAGCUUGUCAGUGGAUCAGGUGACCAACGUCAUCCUCUACUCCAACGACAAGUACGUCAAGUCUGUGGCCCGAGAGGAAACCAGCGACUGUGUUGCACCAGAGUCCAGUUUGGAGAAGAAGUACACUUUGUAUCCUCUGCUGGAACACAACAAGGAACGCCGAGGACUCGCGCUGGAUGGACGCCUCAAACACCAGGACACCAACCUGGCGUCCUCCAGCAUAGUGAGGCAGGAGGUCGUGAAGGAGCUUCAAGGCAUGUUGGUGUCUUACAAGUUGGUGUUGAAGAUGAUGGCUGCAGGACCUCUGGGAUCCAGUGAGGUUUUCGUGGAGCUUCCUUUCCGACUGAUGCAUCCUAAACCCGAAACAGUGCGUCGUCUUCUUCUCAGCGAGUCGGACGACAUUUCCUUCGAGGACUUUAAACGAUCUUUCCUGAGGGGCGUGAUCGGGGAGGACGACGAGUCUCCCAGCGACACCUGAACUCCCGCUGCGUUGUUCCCAAACACUCGUUAGCUGCUACACGCUAGCUGCUACACGCUAGCUGCUACACGGUAGCUGCUACACGCUAGCUGCUACACGCUAGCUGCUACACGCUCCGCUUCAGUAAGGUUGUUACGGUUUGACUUUUAACUGAGUCAAGCUAACAAGGAUGACAGAAGCUAAACCGAAUAGCCUCAGCCACUUAGCCGUUAGCGAAGGAAAUAACUCUUUUUACAUAUCUACAGUACAAAUGGGAAUGUUUGUCUUCCCACUGGUCUGUAUUUAGUAAGAUGUAUCAGGCUUUUAUUGUGACAGGGUAGUGACUUAUACAUUUCCUUGCUUGAUUUAAUUGACUAAAAAUUGCUGAGCUGAGGUUUUAUUUUAUCAUGUUGUUUUUCCACCCAAAUAGCACAAAUGAAAAACCGAUCACCACUUUUUCAAAUCAAAAAAAUUAGAAAAAGGCAAAGCUUGGAUUUAUCUUCACCAUAAAACGUUCCAAUCAGGUGCUCCUGGUUCUAAUUGUUACCAUGACAACCAUGUCAACAUUAGGAACUUUGGAACGUCAAGUUCUCCAACGUGAACGUGAUAAAUGAAGCUACAAGAAAAUGUUUUGCUUUCCAAAAGUGGAUCAAUAAAAAUGUUCCUCUGUUGAA